CAGAUUCCACGGCUUGCGUCGUACAUUGAGUCUGUCGUCGACAGAGACAGGUAGUUGCUGGCAGUUAACGUACGUAAAAUGUACGCUUUGCUCAUCAAAUAAAUCCAAUCCACUUGGAAGACCCGAAACGAAACAGUUUCCAUUUCCUUUGCGAUUAGUGAUCAUCGAGGACACCGUGCGUCUGGUUCAUAGUGUUUAUAACUGAUAGUGUUACGCAAUAUUUUGGAUUACCCAUUUACACGGAUUUUGUUUCCCCACUAGCCACGACAUUCUUGAUUUUCCUGUUUCACGCAAGGUUGCCGAGCAGUUCAGAUGUCACACCACAGCGAUGAUAACAUGCUCGUGCCGACGAGUGACUCGUUCUGGGAGCCGGGGAACUAUAAAAAGACUACGAAACGCAUCGAGGAUGGUUACAAGCUGUGCUCGGACCUUAUAACCUUAGUGACCGAGCGUGCGGAAAUCGAGAAGAACUACGCGAAAAAUCUGAAAGCGUGGUCGAAGAAGUGGAACGACUUGAUCGAAAAAGGUCCCGAGUAUGGAACGACCGAAGCAGCGUGGAAGGGCGUGCUUGUCGAAGCCGACCGACGGUUCGACGUCCACUCCAAAGUCAGAGACAAUUUGACCAAUGAAGUUAUUGUUAAAAUCAAACAAUGGCAAAAGGAUACUUAUCAUAAGAGCAUGAUGAAUAUAAAAGAACGUAAGGAUAUGGAAGAUGCAUUUAAGAAGGCUCAAAAACCGUGGUCGAAACUGCUACAGAAAGUGGACAAGGCGAGAAGUGACUACCAUACGGCGUGCAAGACUGAAAAAUCCGCCUCCAAUCAGGAGAGGAACGCCUCUGGGGAUAGUUCGAUUUCACCGGAUCAGAAAGCAACUGUGAUUAAGAAAAUGCAAGACAGGACUCAAAAGACUAAAGAAGAGACAUUGAAGAGCAAAGAGAAAUACGAACUGGCAUUAGGAGAAAUAAAUAAUUACAAUCCCAAAUACGUGGAGGACAUGAAGGUAGUUUUUGAAAAAUGUCAAGAUAUGGAAGGACUGCGACUGGAAUUCAUCAAAGAAUCACUCUUUGACAUUCACAAGUGUUUGAAUAUAUAUCAGGACCCCAUGUUGCCACAGAUUUACGAAGAACUUUUCCAUACGAUAAACAAUGCUGAUAAUAAGAAGGAUUUGAAGUGGUGGUCAAAUAACUAUGGUGUAAAUAUGGCUAUGAACUGGCCGCAGUUCGAGGAUUACACAGAAGAAUUCCGAGAUAUUUCGAAAGGUAAAUCCAAGGAAUCUGCUCCUUCAGGAAUUAUGCUCAUCAACCAGAGACCCGUUGGCGAGGAUUUGCAUGAAUAUUCUACAAUGAAUAAAUCGAUAAAGAAUAAACAAAUCACAACGAAAGCAAACAGCAACGAUAGCAAUAAUCAGGAGAAGAACGAAACACCUAAGCAUGUCGCAAAAGUGGAAAGUCCCACCAACAGAGCAUCCACAAUCACGAACGGCUCCGCCAGUAAAGGAGAAGUAAAUCCCUUUGAAGAAGAAGAAUGGGAUGAAAGCGACGCAUUAGUAGACAAUGGAGAGCCCGGAGUUCCUGUUAAAGCUUUGUACGACUACGAAGGUGCAGAAAACGACGAACUGAGUUUUAAACAAGGGGACGUCUUCGAGAAGCUGGAAGAUGAGGACGAACAAGGUUGGUGUAAAGGGAGAAAAGAUGGAAGGGUUGGCUUAUAUCCCGCAAACUACGUGGAACCAGUUUCACAUUGAAGGGUUCCUCGACCAUUAUAUUUUUGACCUUUUGUUGUUAUCAGAAAAUAUGAAUGUAUUUAUAUAUGGAGCGCAUUUGCUCAUUCAUUUAUGCAGAGCUCUAAUGUGAAAAAAAGAAAACAAAGCUUACAACUUUUCUACCCAAAACUAAAAUAGAAAUAAAUCAACUUAGCUGUAACAAAUUGAAAGACGCUUUAAGUGUGACAUACAUUAAAAUACUUACUGUGAUUUUUUCUGUGUCAAAUUUUGUAAUAUUCGAGAUUAGUUUCCAUUUAUUUUUUUUUGCAUUUUCACGUUGGCUCUGGUUAAUAUGUUUUAAGUAUUAUAAAAUAAUGAUUGUAUGAAAGUUGAAUGUUUUGUAGUUCUGUACAAAUACUGUUAGUGUCGAUUUAAGUAGUUUAUUUAUAUAUUGAAACGUUAAUGAUGAUUACGAUUAAUACUUUUUUUUUUUCUUCAAAUGCGGAUAUUAUACGGAAAGGAAAUAAUAAGAUUGAAUGGACUUGGUUGGUUGUUAUUAUUUUUUUAAUAGGCACUUAGUAUAUUUGUUAAUUUUUGUGAUUAGGCCUACAACAUAUAUAAGAUGAAAUGCAUUCUUGUAAUAACUAUACAAUGUAUAUAUAUAUAAUUAUAAAUUGUAAUGAUACAUAUAUAUAUAUUUAAAAAAAAAAAGAAGAGAAUCAGGACACUUCCAAAAUGGUAUACAAAAGUAAAGCAGAACUUGUUUAGUUUCAUCAGAAUUAGGUUCAUUGUAAAGUUUAUAAUUUAAAUAAGUAUUUAUGAGACUAAUGUUUCUGUAUAUAAUACAAUAAAACAAAUAACAGUAACAUGAAUUAUGUGCAGCUUUUAAAUUGAGUUGAUUGUUAGGAGUUCAUUUACUAAUAGGAUAUUUAUUACUUUUUAUUUACCAUUUUCUGCAUUUAUAAACAAAAAUGGUACAAAAU